AUGGUAAAAGCUACCGACCCAUCCAUGACAAGCCAACUCCAAGCUCUCCUUCUGCGGGACGGCAGUACCACUACCGGGCCUGACGCAACAAGAGACCGCGAAGUAUCCCGGGGCCGCAAACGCCGGCGCGACGACUUCGCCUCCCUCCCUCCUCGUUCGCUCCCAGCGAAAACCCAAACUCAACCAACACCGGUCCUCGGCAUGAUCAGCACCAGUGGCGGCCCAAGAACGAGACAUAAAUCCUCUUCCACCUCCACCUCCAACUUCCGCGGCCGCCCCCGCCACCGCUCAACCUCCGUAGCAACAACAUCGACGACGACGACAACAACAACAACCUGCGCCUCUCCCUUCGCCGCCCUGUCUCUCUCCGCACAGCCCUCCCGGUCGCACACCCCUUCCACCCCAACGACCAGCAAUGCCAUCAGCAGCACCGGUGCAAACAUGGUAGGAGGGGGCGAUGGAGUAGGGGUGAUGCGCUUCCUGCGGGCGCUGCAGCUGGAGAAGAAGAAUAAGCAGCGGCGUGUUGCGGUGGGGGCAGGGGCGGCAGAGGAAAAGGAGGGGAAGAGGGGACGGGCAAGGGACAGGGUUAGGAGCAGGAGCAGGAGUAGGAGCAGGAGGAGAAGCAGUUUAAGAAGGGGGAGGAGCAGGAAGAGGAGUCAGAGUCCGUCGCGCUCGAGGUCGCCGGUUUGUCUGGGUUUGGGGUUGAGACUGGGUUUGGAUUGGGUCUGUGAGGGGAUGGUUGCUGAGGAUAACGGCAGGGGAGCGGGUGGCGGUGUGGAUCGUGAUGGGCCUGGUGGAAUUGAGGUGCUUGUUGGGGGGAGUGGUAGACCACCGUCGUCGUCGGCGAGGUCUCCGGCCAUUGAUCCGGCGGGGAUUGGGCUGGCAAGGGCACCUGGGAUGGAUGUGGAUGGGGAUGGUGUGGGGGAGGAGUGA